AUGCUGUCUCGGGAAGCACGCAUCGUACUCCUGCUCGUGAUUGACGUCUUCUUCUUCUUCACUGAACUCAUCGUUGGCUAUGCUGUGGGCUCGCUUGCCCUUGUGGCAGACAGUUUUCAUAUGCUGAAUGAUGUCCUGAGCCUGGUGGUUGCGCUCUAUGCAAUUAAGCUCACGAAACAAACGCACAUUGACUCCCGUUACUCUUACGGCUGGCAUCGUGCAGAAAUUCUUGCUGCGUUGGUCAAUGGUGUCUUUCUACUCGCUCUCUGCUUCUCCAUCUUCCUGGAAGCUAUAGAAAGAUUCUUUAGCACUCCAGAAAUCUCGAAUCCGCGCCUGGUCGUUGUGGUGGGCUCGCUUGGACUAGCUUCCAAUAUCGUGGGACUAUUCCUAUUCCACGAUCAUGGUCAUGAACACGGUCACGAGCAUGGAAAGGAGACCCCUUCCGUCUCCAAACCACCCAGUGUUCAUUCCGCGUUGGAAGAUGGGCAAGUUACCCCUCGCGCGAGCCACUCGUCUCCCGCACCUCGCCCACAUUCUCGCAGUCGGUCUGCCUCGUAUUCGUCGUUGUACGGCCAUCCUGCCGCGACGCGUGCUUCCAUAGUGCAAGCUGCGCAGGACGUCGCACGUGCGCGCUCGCGCUCUCCGUCCCGUUCGCGCGUGCGCCGAUCUCGGUCUCGGGCGGAACAUGGGCGUCCGAGCGAUGUGCGCGAGGAGAACGGAGUGGACGAUUCGUCCGCUGAGAGGCGGAUUACGAACGAGACUACGCCUCUCUUGUCAGGCGACGCCGAGUCCGAGAGCUCCGUUCCGCACUCCCUUCACGAGGAUGCCGGCCACAGUCACGGCCACGGUGGUCAUGGGCACUCUCAUGGGUCGAUGAACAUGCGCGCGUUGAUCCUGCACGUUAUGGGCGACGCGUUGGGGAACGUUGGGGUCAUAUCGACGGGUCUUAUCAUCUGGCUCACGAGUUGGAGCUGGAAGUAUUACUUCGAUCCAAUUAUCAGUCUCGUUAUCACCGUCAUCAUCUUUUCUUCUGCACUUCCUCUCGUGAAAAGCACGGCUUUCAUUUUGUUGCAGGGCGUGCCAGCGACAGUUUCGUUGGAUGAGACACGGGAUGCGAUCUUGGCUGUGGACGGAGUGCUUUCGGUGCAUGAGCUCCAUAUCUGGCAGCUUUCAGAGAACAAGAUCGUCGCGUCUGUGCAUGUCAUGGCGUCUCGGAAGCACGAUUUUAUGCCCGUCGCAGCGAAGAUUCGGAAGGCGCUACAUGACCGGGGCAUCCAUUCCAGCACGAUCCAGCCCGAGUACCACCACCCGCGGAACUCUCCUCCCGAGGAACAUCUGAGGACAUCCGCCGAGUCGUCUUGCCUUAUUCUCUGUCCUCCAGAUCAGAUCUGCGAUCCGUCAGAAAACGCUUGUUGUCCUCCACCACCUACGGACGCUUGA